AUGAAAAGCAACAGAAUAGAUAUUAUUAAACCCCAUCCGAACGUACUUCAUUCAGCUCGAAAUACGACAAAUUCAUCAGACAAGAAGUGCCUAUCUUCUCUGCUAUGCAAUUUCGUAAGGAAUCUGUUGUUUAUAAUCGUGAUUGCCGUGAUCGCAGUAGCGGUGGUCACUUCUGUAACUGUUACCAAACUCAAAAGGCAAAAUACACGACCACUCAUGAGAGAAACAAUAACAGCAACAACAGUAACAACAGCAAAAACAGCAACAACAGUAAAAACAGCAACAACAAUUAUGACAGCUAAACCAUUAACGUACACAAGUGUACCAAUAACACCAACAGUUUCUCCCUUAGAUAUUGAUUAUGAUUCUGCUGAUCGACGUUUUCUUUUCACAAUGACCAAUCGAUCACCUAAUACACUCACUCUCGUUCAAACUGAUCGAUGGUAUGGCCAUUUACACGUUCCUCUUCAUACCCUUCAACCAGGCAACGAUACACAUGUGAGUGUACUCGAAAUCCGUGGUUUCAGAUCAACACAAUCCGCUACAGGUGUCACUUAUACGAUUUGCUUUGCGCUCGAUGCUCUUCGAUUGGAUAUCUAUUUGCAAGUUGGAUAUUUUGACAAGAACUAUUUUGGAUGGACUUUAGAUGAGACAACAACGUGUAAUCAAGCGAAAAUAUGAGAUUUGAGUUUAGGUUGGAACAGUUGGUAUAAUUUUCAAUGCAAUUAUUCUGAAAAGAGAAUCCAGAAAACGGUUGAUAUAAUCAUCAGUAGUGGUCUGGCUGCUGCCGGCUAUGAAUAUAUUAAUCUUGAUGACUGUUGGCAAGUAGAUCGAGAUGCAAAUGGAACGAUUCUAGCUGAUCCAGUUGCUUUUCCAAACGGAAUGAAAGCACUGGUUGAUUAUGUUCAUUCUCGUAAACUUAAGUUCGGUGUAUAUUCAGAUGCUGGUUAUAAGACGUGUGCGGGUCGACCUGGUUCUCUAGGAUAUGAAACAAAAGAUGCCAAUACAUAUGCACUGUGGGGUGUUGAUUAUUUAAAAUAUGAUAACUGUAACACUGAUGGAACGAAACCAGAAGUGCGCUAUCCAGUUAUGCGUGACGCAUUGAACGCGACGGGUCGACCCAUCUUCUAUUCACUUUGCGAAUGGGGCGUUGAUACACCAGCACUAUGGGCUGCAAAUGUUGGAAAUAGUUGGCGGACAACUGAUGAUAUUUCUGAUAAUUGGGAAUCGAUGACUCACACAAUAGAUAUAAAUAAUCAAUUUGCUGAUAAAGCUGGACCUGGUGGCUGGAACGAUCCUGACAUGCUACGAAUAGGCAAUGGUGGUAUGACAAAUACGGAAUACAUCUCCUAUUUCUCUCUUUGGGCUAUCAGUAAAGCUCCGCUUCUGAUCGGCGGUGAUGUAACCAACAUGAGUCAAGCAACUCUAAAUAUUUAUUUAAAUCGUGAAGUAAUCGCUAUUAAUCAAGAUCCAUUAGGAAUACAAGGAAAAAAAAUUAUUGUUUCAUCAUCACAAACAUUCAACAAUGUAUUCGCUACUAAAUGCCUUACUCAUGAUCAACGACAAAAAUGGAUUUACGAUGUUAAUAAUGAUCAUAUUCGAUCAACAUUAAAUGGACAAUGUUUAACAAUCGACAAAUGUGAUUCUGGUAGUGAUGGAUUGACGAAUAUUGUAACAACCACAUGUUUCAAUAAUACUUCGAAAUCAUCAUGCCCACGAAAAAUUCAACAAUGGAUGAGCAAUAAUCUAUGGCAAUUGAAUAAAACAGAUGGACUCAUUCGAAGUGCUGCCAAUACUGAAUGUUUAACCGUUCCACAAAUUAUAGAAAUAUGGGCUGGACCAUUAUCUGAUGGAUCCCAAGCUGUGCUGUUAUUUAAUCGAAAUAGUACAACUAGUGAAGUGAUUACUAUUAAAUGGAUGGAUUUAGGAUGGCCAGCUAAUCAACGAGCAAAUGUUCGAGAUUUAUGGACUCAUCAAGAUCUUGGAGUGUUCAUAGGCAGUUAUACUUCGCCUAAUAUCGAACGACAUGCCGUACAGAUGCUGAAAAUUACACGAGUUCAUUAA